AUGGGUGGACAACAAUCAACAAUAUCAGAAACGGAGCCAGGGUACCUCGACUCACUGAAGUCAAUUCAAGCGAACAAUGACGCUCUAACUCUUCAGCUUCGCGAUUUGCGAGACCUUCAUACUUCCGAUUUAGAGAAAUUUCAAGCGAGAGAAUCUGAAUUAUUGAGUGCAUUAUCGGAAUUGACGACCGAAUUCCAUAGGAAUCAAAUGGAAAUUCGACAACUCAACACUGAGCUCAAUUCGAAAAAUUUGGAGAUGCAAUCGUUGACGGAGAAGCUCAAUGGGCUUCAAAUGGAGGUUGACGUCACCAAACAGCGACUGUCGAAUUUUGAAGAUGAAGCCAAGAAAAUGGAGGAGCAUUUGAAGAACGCCCUUGACGAGGAGAUCAAGAAUCGCGCGAAUGCUGUUCAAGCAGAAGCUGAACGCACCAAAAUGGCGAAUUCCACCAUAGAGCGACUCAAAGAUGAGCUGGAUAUGAUAAAAGUUGAGAAGCAGAAGUUGAAUGAGGCAUUGAGUUCGUUCGAUCAGACCCAUUUACUAGCUAGUGUCAAGAAUCACGAGCUUAACGAGAAUAUAUCAAGCGUAAUGUCUUGUUUGGAAGCGGCGAAACAGCGCAUUGAACUUUUGGAGGUGAAUUUGGGCAAUAAGGAAGAGCAUGCUUCUAGAUUGAGCCAUCAGAUCGAUGAUUUGACAAAAAUGUUGGAUACUGAGAAAGAUAUGAGAAUGAAGACUGAUGAGCGAUCGAAAGAGUUAUGCAAGCAAAAUGAGAAGAAUGAAUUGGAAGCGGCUCAUUUGGAGAAGUGCAAUGAGAUUAUGGAGGAAAUUCGCAAGUUGCAGAUGGACGCCGUCGUCGACAGCGCCAUUCUCAACUCAUUUCUCCAAUUCUCGAAUUUUUUAGCGUCGAAAUCCCAAAGAGAAACAAUUACAUCUCUAAAAGAUUUGUGGAAAAAGCAUGGCUCACUGCUUUCCAGUCUUGUAAAAUGUGACGUAACUGAGUUCGAUUCAAGCGCAAUGUUCUACGAUGUUCUCUGCAGAAAGCUGAGACACACGAAUUCGGCGAUGUCGGAUGAUUUGAAUGUAUUGAAGGCGGCGGACGGUGAUCCGAUGGAAAUUUGCAAGUUUUUCGCGCUUGUUAUAGAACAUAUGCGGAAAGAGGACAAUUUAAUUCUGAAGCAUAUUCUGGAGCAAUGCUCGGCUCAUAAUGUAUUCAAUAUUGAAUCGAUCCUUCAUAUGUUUUCGCAUUUCGACAAACUUUAUGAAAAUGAGACGGUUGAUGAUUGGUGGUCGAUUCUGAAGUCUGACGACGAGCCGAUUUUCGUGUCAGCAACGCCGACGUCGACAAGAAGAACCAAUCUUCAUCGAGACAUGUUCACGACGCCGACAAAUUCGGCGCGUCGUAUUCGUUCGGUGUGCAACACGGCUCGCCGAAGUCCGGUAGUUGACGCCGUCGAUUCGCCGACGAUGAAAUUUUUGAGAGCUGAACGUGAAGCGAAACGAGCGAGAAAAGAGCUCGCCGACACGGAAAUCAAGCUCGAUGACGCGAUCGCCGAGAAUUCGAGCCUUGUCAGUGAGAAUAUGCAGCUCAAAAAGACAAUUGAGGAUUUGAGAUCAAGUAUAGCCGGCGAGAGAAGCGAUGUUGCUAGAAAUGAGCAGCGUGUCGAGGAUCUCGAAAAUCGAUUGAAGCUGAAAACAGCAGAAGCUGAGAAGUUGACGACAUCGCUUGAUGGAGCACGACAAAAUAUUAAAAGCUUGAUGAGCCAACUAGAAUCUGCAGAAAAUGAGGCAUCGCAAUUCGCUGAUUCUUUAAAAUCUCUACAAACUGAUAAAGACGCUCUACUGCUUCAGCUUCGCGAUUUGAGAGACCUUCAUACUUCCGAUUUAGAGAAAUUUCAAGCGAGAGAAUCUGAAUUAUUGAGUGCAUUAUCGGAAUUGACGACCGAAUUCCAUAGGAAUCAAAUGGAAAUUCGACAACUCAACACUGAACUCAAUUCGAAAAAUUUGGAGAUGCAAUCGUUGACGGAGAAGCUCAAUGGGCUUCAAAUGGAGGUUGACGUCACCAAACAGCGAUUGUCGAAUUUUGAAGAUGAAGCCAAGAAAAUGGAGGAGCAUUUGAAGAACGCCCUUGACGAGGAGAUCAAGAAUCGCGCGAAUGCUGUUCAAGCAGAAGCUGAACGCACCAAAAUGGCGAAUUCCACCAUAGAGCGACUCAAAGAUGAGCUGGAUAUGAUAAAAGUUGAGAAGCAGAAGUUGAAUGAGGCAUUGAGUUCGUUCGAUCAGACCCAUUUACUAGCUAGUGUCAAGAAUCACGAGCUUAACGAGAAUAUAUCAAGCGUAAUGUCUUGUUUGGAAGCGGCGAAACAGCGCAUUGAACUUUUGGAGGUGAAUUUGGGCAAUAAGGAAGAGCAUGCUUCUAGAUUGAGCCAUCAGAUCGAUGAUUUGACAAAAAUGUUGGAUACUGAGAAAGAUAUGAGAAUGAAGACUGAUGAGCGAUCGAAAGAGUUAUGCAAGCAAAAUGAGAAGAAUGAAUUGGAAGCGGCUCAUUUGGAGAAGUGCAAUGAGAUUAUGGAGGAAAUUCGCAAGUUGCAGGAAACGGUCAAAACUCUUGAAACAGACAAUAAGAAAUUAUUGGAGCGCAAGGAGCAAUUAAGCAAUGAUCUUGAGAACGAGCAACGAUUAGUAGGCAAUUUGAAUCGUCUUAUUGGAACUCAUCUGAAUGGGAAUAACAAUGAAAUGAUAACAACAUUUGACAUGGCUGCAAAUUACGAAUCACUAAUUGAUAAAGAAUUGGAAAUGCAUGAAAGUCCCAAGAAGGUGGUCACAUUUGGAGAAUAUCAAGUAUCGAAACGCGAAUCAAUGCCACCUGGAUUGAAAAUCUCGUGCGGCUCAUCUUCCAAACGCGAUUCGCUUGCAUCUGACACGAUCAGCCGGAACUCGAUUCUCCGCUCGUCGUCUAGAUUUGAUUACAGUACUGAUGCGUUCAAGACGCCGAUGAAGCCAAAACCUGGCGAGAAAAUUGAUUUCGGAAAAUUUAACAUGAUUCCCGAGACGCCAGGAAGCGAGAAAAAGAAGAACAAUCGCCGAAAAUCGAUCAUGAAGAUGUUUAGAUAA